ACCACGCCGGGCACGAUGCGGGCUCUCUACAUGGCCGUCGGCCGUGGCGCCGUCGCCUGCGCCACCCCGGCCGCCGCUGUCCCCCGGAGAUCGUUGCUCCUCUCCACCGCUGCGGCAGGUGCAGCUCUGCAGUCGGAGCCGAUCAGGCUUAGCGGCAGGAGCACGAGCGGCACGGCGAAGCUCCGGGCCUCGGCGGACGCCGCGCAGGCAGCGGCCACCUCGUUCGUCAGCAAAGAGGAGGCGUUCGCGUGGGCGAAGAAGGACAACAGGAGGCUCCUCCACGUCGUCUACCGCGUCGGCGACAUCGACAGAACGAUCAAGUUCUACACGGAAUGCCUGGGCAUGAAGCUGCUGAGGAAGCGCGACAUACCCGAAGAGAAAUACACCAACGCUUUCCUCGGAUACGGCCCGGAGGAGGCCCAGUUCGUCGUCGAGCUCACCUACAACUACGGGGUCGACAAGUACGAUAUUGGAGCAGGGUUUGGUCAUUUUGGCAUCGCCACUGAUGAUGUGUCAAAGACGGUUGAACUCAUAAGGGCAAAGGGAGGCAAGGUGACGAGGGAACCAGGCCCAGUCAAGGGCGGCAAGACCGUCAUCGCGUUCGUCGAGGACCCCGACGGCUACAAGUUUGAGAUCCUCGAGAGGCCAGGGACACCAGAGCCGUUGUGCCAGGUGAUGCUCCGGGUCGGCGAUCUCGAUCGAGCCAUAAGCUUCUACGAGAAGGCUUGUGGCAUGGAGCUGCUACGGAAGCGAGACAACCCUGAAUACAAGUACACGGUAGCGAUGAUGGGGUACGGACCGGAAGACAAGAAUGCAGUCCUGGAGCUGACCUACAACUACGGCGUCACCGAAUAUGACAAGGGCAACGCGUACGGUCAGAUCGCCAUUGGCACCGACGAUGUCUACAAGACGGCUGAGGUGGUGAAGCUGUCGGGAGGGCAGGUGGUUCGGGAGGCAGGCCCCUUGCCGGGGAUCAACACCAAGAUCACAGCUAUCCUGGACCCUGAUGGGUGGAAAUCGGUGUUUGUCGACAAUAUAGACUUUGCCAAAGAACUGGAGUAGCCACGGGCAACACGGGUUGAUUAUCAAGUUCUUUGUGACCAUUGACUUCUCCUUUUUACCACCUCUGUAAACAUGAGCACAUCCACUUUGCAAAGAAUUUUGUAUUAUCUAAAUAAUAACAGAUGGAUGUCAUCAAGAACCAACUACAGUUAUAAAGUUGGCAGUUCCCAUGGACAAGUUCAAAACCCAAUUGAUACAAUUUCAUAA